AUGGACGUUCGUCUUCUCGUUGCAUUGGCGGCGCUAUGCUUCCUGCUCAUCCGAGUGAUCUCCAUUGGCAUGCGAAGACCGAAAAUGCCUCCAGGAGGUGAAAAAGGACCGCCGACGCUCCCUGUCAUUGGGAAUCUACAUCAAAUCCCCAAGAAGGACAUACACUUGCAACACCAGAAAUGGGCCCAAGAAUAUGGACCGAUCUUCUCCCUCAAGCUGGGAACGCAGGACGUCGUCGUGCUCGCCAGCGGCGAGAUGAUCAAGAGACUCGUGGACAAGCGAAGCGGCAACUACGCCGACCGGCCCUCGCUCUUCAUGCAGGACAUCUUCGAGCACUCGCGGAUCAUCAUGCGCGGCUACGACGACCUGUGGAAAGUCGAACGCAAACUCUACCACCAGUUCCUCAACAGCACAAAGGCCGCACGAUACACCCCUUACCAGGAUCUGGAGACCAAGCAGCUCUGCUUCGACCUUUUGCACCGCCCGCAGGCCUUUGAGGGUUUGAUCACGAGGACGACACUGAGCGCCGCCACCAGCAUGGCGUACGGGUUUCGCGUGACGGACCCAAACAACCCCAUCAUGAAGGAGCUCCUCCACAACGCCCACGGCUUCUUCACCAUGGUCCACAAAUCCCAGUUGCUGGACUGGUACCCUCAGCUGCGGCCCAUCGUGCGCUGGCUCCCGUCGUUCUUGUACCCCAUGUAUCGAGACGCCAAGGAGAUCUUUCGUCGGGAGAAAGCCCAGUUCCACCAGCUGCUCAACGAUACCAGGAAGAAAAUGGCCUACGAGAACUCACUCCCAAGUACGCAACAAGAAGGUGCCAUCCUGACUGACCAUGCGGCCGCAUACAUCGCCGGCAUCGCCAUGGAAGGGGCAACAGACACCCAGAGCAAUCAGCUCGCCGGGUUCAUCAAGGCAAUGAUGCUGUACCCCGAGGUCCAGAAGCAAGCUCAUACCCAAUUGGACGAUGUCGUGGGGAGCGAUUGCCUUCCUGAGCCCAGCGACCUCGAUCAUCUGCCGUACAUCCGACAGAUCAUGAAAGAAGUUGUCCGCUGGAUGCCCACAGCCGUGACGGGCGCGAUCCCGCACGCAGCGCGGGCCCAGGACGAGAUCGACGGGUACGUGAUCCCUCAGGGGGCCACGAUCCUGCUGGCCGUGUGGGCGGCCAACAACGACCCGGCGCUGUUCCCGAACCCGCGCGUCUUCGACCCGUCGCGCCAAAACCCAAGUCUGUCCAUGGGCGAGGCCGCGCUGGCCCCUGACAUCCGCGACCGCGACCACUGGACGUUUGGGGCGGGCCGGCGCAUCUGCCCGGGCAUCCACGUCGCCGAGGGCACGCUGCUGCUCAGCAUGGCGCGGAUACUCUGGGCAUUUGACAUCUCCAAAGCCAAGGACGCGCAGGGGCGCGAGAUCCACGUCGACCAGGACGAGUUGACGCAGUCGAUUGCCGCGAGGCCACUUCCUUUCAAAUGUGACAUCCGCGUUCGAAGUGACAAGCACGCCGAGGUGGUCCGGAAAGCCUGGGACGGGGCGCAGCACGUGUUGGACGAGGCGGGCAAUUACAAGAUGAACGUGCUGUGA